ACCCUGAAGACGUCAGUGCUACGUCAUAGCGUACCCGGAAGUGCGUGUCUGUAGUGUACGCGGAAGUAUCACGCUGCUGUAGCUGAAUAGCGGAGGAGGUCGGAAUCCGUAAAUAAAGUUCUGCUCGAUGAGUGAGCGAUGCUAGGUCGAGGAUGGGACAUGCACUGUGUAUCUGCUCUCGCAGUUCCAUCACCAUCGACAACAAGAGAUACUACUUCAUCCAGAAACUCGACGAGGGCGGGUUUAGCUAUGUUGAUCUGGUAGAAGGAGCUCAGGACGGCCGUUUCUAUGCUCUGAAGCGAAUCCUUUGUCAUGACCGGGAGGGACGGAAGGAGGCACAGACGGAGGUGGAGAUGCACCGACUGUUCAACCACCCCAACAUCCUGAGUCUGACGGGCCACGCCUUCAUGGAGCGUGGAGGAAAGACCGAGGCCUGGCUCCUCCUGCCCUACAUCAGUAAAGGAAGCCUGUGGUCCGUCCUGGAGAAGCUGAGGGAAAAAGGUAGCUCCAUGCCUGAGAGCCGGAUCCUGCACAUUUUCCGUGGCGUCUGUGAAGGUCUAAAAGCCAUCCAUGACAAGGGAUAUGCACACAGAGACUUGAAGCCCACUAACGUGCUCCUGGAGGAGAACGACAAGCCGGUGCUGAUGGACCUCGGUUCUAUGAACAAAGCCCGGAUUGAAGUGAAAGGCUCCAGAGAGGCCAUGACUGUGCAGGACUGGGCAGCUCAGAGAUGCACCAUCUCCUACAGAGCACCUGAGCUUUUCAACGUGGAGAGCCACUGUAUCAUUGACGAAAAGACAGAUAUUUGGUCAUUAGGGUGUGUACUGUACUGUAUGAUGAUGCUCGAAGGACCGUACGAUAUGGUGUUUCAGAAAGGAGACAGCGUUGCCCUGGCUGUCCAAAACCCAGUCGCCAUUCCACAACCGUGCAGCUACUCCGAAGGACUGCAGACACUCCUGAGCUCCAUCAUGGUGACGAACCCUCAGGAGAGGCCCAACAUCGACUGGGUGCUCGAACGGGUCAAAAACCUCCAGAGCUCAGACGGAGGAGCGAUCGAAACCGACAGAGUAUGACAAAGGGAGCAUGAUUUUUAUCUUCUAUCUAGACUGUUUUUUUUCCCCCUUACUUUUACCUCAUUAAACACAUUGAGAACACAUGCUCCAAACACAAAUUCUCUCACACACACACCUGCAUCAGCCAGGAUGAAGGACGUCAUUGAUUGCGUUGAAGGUUGUCAAAGUUGGACCAUGCAAAUUUGGAUUUUAUGUUAGCACUAAAGCUAAUAACGUUUCUCCACCUGCUCAAGUGUCCCUGUGGGUACAAGGGGCGGAGCUUAAGUUAAAUUUGAUGAUCCAGUCACAAAAUUGACCAUGUGACAUCACGACUAGCCUUUUUAAUCAUUUCUUUGACUCAGUGUACUGCUUAGCAUAAAAUAAGAGUUUAGCAUAUUGAGUUAUUGAGCUAUUGAGCCGUCUUUUUAAAUUAAUCUGUCUGACAUUAACAUUACGUCUGUCGCAGCUAACUACCGAUAAUGAAACUAUUAUGCUGUUUAAUUAGAACUAAUUUGCUAGAAGCUAGUUUAAAUUAGGCUACUUAUUAUAUUUUGUACUUACGACAGGGAACCAACUGUGCUAGCCGUCUGGUUAAAAUUAGGCUAGUUAUUACAUUUUGUGGUUAAGAUCAAUAGCUAGCUAACAUUAAAUUAACUAUGGUAUAUGAUAAGCAUUAUAGAAUUUUCAAUAUCAUACUAACAAUUAAGCAUAACUAGAGGUCGAAAAUUACGUAGCUAGCCAGUUUCUUUAACAAACUAGCAAAUGUUAGGCUUAUUAUAUUAUAUUGUAUUAUAUUAUAUUAUAUUAUAUUAUAUUAUAUUAUAUUAUAUAUUUUGAUAGCAAGCUUAUUAACAGUAGGCUAGUUUUUAUAUUUGAUGACCAGUAUUUUAUGCUAAACUGUACAUCGAGCGAAAGGUACAAUUAAGAUAAUUACGAUAAAAGAAGUGUCUUAUUCUGGAAAUUAAGUAUCUGUUCUUAUUUUAUUUGUAGAAAGAAAGGUUAAAGUUGAAGUACGUAUGUAAACAGUAACAGUUACAGUGUGUACGUGUGGAAGACGAACCUGGAUUUCGUGAAAUUUUAAAAUGACAAAGCGUCUAAUAAGGCCAGCGGGCAUUUGCCAUGUUAGCCAGUGUUGCAUUUUAUGACAAAACAGCAGCAUCUAGGACUGGAACGAUAUGGCAUAUUGUGUAGUUGCGCAGGUUCGAACUCGCUGAUAUUGACUGACAUCUCUGGAAUUCCCACCUCCUUCCUCCAUCUCUCGGCCAGUGCUUUGUCUCAACUUGAUUUUCCUCACUUUCUGUCACGGUACAUGGAAAAUGUAUGUUAGACUUGGCUAACAUUAAUAUAUAGUUAACGUCAGUUAGCUAUAUUAAUUAGAUACGCACCAAAAAAUUUUGUCCAAUUUUUUUUAUUUACUCUUCAUUGCAUUUUUACUCCUGUCCAGUUUCCACAUUAUUCCUCUUAGGGGUUGUCAGGCUCAAUCCUGUGAUAUCUUCAAUAUAUCGCCGCGGCCUUAGUGAGCGUUGAUCGACAGUACGGCUGCAGUAUUAAUUCGUAAAGUAACAGUAUAAAAUGCAAACGGUUUCUAAAUGUGAUUUUGAUAACAGAGCAAGUGAGCAGUGACAAUGUCGUCAUUCGCUCUGGAGUGUGUAUCAUUGUGUUUUCAUUUGCUGCUUUUUUUAAUGUGUGUGUUUUAUGCUCAAGUGUGCGGUUGAAUUUUUCUUAACUGGAUGAUGUGGUACACGGGAUCAUUGUGUUCAACAGGCGUGUGCUGAAAUUUCUUCAUCACAUCAUUUUAAUUCCCCGAAGUUUUAUUGAAUCUUUUGACACUAAUAUACAAAUGUUCAUGUCUCAUCGCAACUUUUUAACCAAAAAAACAUGUUGGUAGGCAUUGUAUUCAGGACACGCCAUUCCGUGUAUAAAAUUAGCUUCGUGGGGGGGAAAAAUCACUUGAAUGGGAAAGGACACGGAAGAACUAGCUUGGAAGGAGUAGCCAAUAGAAACUAAGAAGGCGGGGCUUUUGCUACUUUAAAAAUCAGUUAAAGUUUAUGAAGAUUGGCCACUUUAGGCUCCCGUAGCUCUACUUUAUAACAUUAUUUAUUACCGAAAGAAUAUUUACAAGAUUUUCAGACUUACGGUUGAUUUAAUUGCAAAUUUAAAAUAAAGUGCCACAUUACAUAUGUUUUUCUUACAUAAAAGUAAUCUACUGUUACCUAUCAGCAUACAUUUUUUUUUUUUUUUUUUUUUUUUUUUUUUUUUUGCAUAGAUCCUCUUAAAAGGGUCUUUUCUGGCAAUUAAGUUAAAAUCACAUCUGCUCUAGUUAGUAAUAAAUUAUUCCUCAGGCAGAGAAUAACCUCUGGAGAUAGUUUAAAAUCCAUGAUAACUAUAAUGUGGUGCUGAGUAUCACAAUUUGCUGUGUAUAAAUGAAUAUCGGUAUAUGCACACUUAUAUUUGGGAGCUGCGUGUAAUUUAUGUCAUUUUGUUGUUUGUUUGUUUUUUUUCCAGCAGUUCUCAAAGCUUAAUGUUAAUCUGAGGAUGUUAAUUUGCAGUAAAUUUUACAAAGUCAUAUUGUAUUUUAUUUUAUUUGUAUGUAUUUGAACAGAGAAUCAUGUCUGUAAAUAUGGCUCUUGUUUUUAUUUCAUAAUGAUUAAAAAUAAUUCAUGCUUUCAA